AUGGGCCGUUCGACUUUGCUCCUUUGCGUACUCGCAAUCCUCGCCGUCCUUACCAACGCCCACCUCUCAUAUGCGCAGGAAUGGAACGAGGGACAACAAAAGUGUAGCAAGCUGCUGACACGCAAAGAAUGGCGGACGUUAACGAAUAGCGAGAAAGCUAAGUGGGUGGGAGCUGUCAAGGUGUGCCCUCCUUCCUCCCUCAUAGGUAACGCGUACUUUGCUUAUGCCGAGUAUGCAACGGUGCUUGAGGGGAAGAGGAGCCUAUACGACGACUUCUCUUACUCGCACGCAUCAGUGGAGCACAGCGCGCAUAGAAAUGCCUACUUUUUGCCGUGGCACCGCUGGUUCACCUAUCUAUUCGACACCUCCCUCCGCCACACUUGCGGGUACAGUGGGCCAACGCCAUACUGGGACUGGUCGCGCGAUCACGCAGACCUGUUCAGCUCGCCAGUGUUCGAGGACUCACCGGAGUCCGGGCUGGGUGGGACGGGGGACUGCGAUUCCUCCCCUGAGGCGGACUGCACCGUUACCACUGGCGCUUUUGCCCCGUCCACUGGGAACUUCGAGCUUUCCUGGCCAAUACCGCACCCACUGCGGAGGAAUUUGACGCUUAUAACCGGCUGGUACCCUCAUGAGCGGCCUCAAAACAGCACGCUUGGCCCGGAGUUCGUGCGCAACUCGACCGAGCAAACCACGGGCGAUUUCUUCAGAUUCCAGUACGCAAUGGAACUAAUGCAUGACCACGUACACAAUUUCGUUGGGGGCGACUUGGCGGGAGACUGCCCAAAAAUCCUCCCGAAGAAGGAUUGCCAAGGCAUGGGAAUCAGCUUCACACCUAAUGAUCCGCUUUUUUGGCUGCAUCAUGCACAACUUGACCGGUUGUGGAGUAAGUGGCAACGCCACCACCCGUCCAACUUCGCGGCCUUUUCCGGUAUACCCCUAAACCCGCACAAUAUGAGCAACCCACUCUAUGACCUUGACGCGCAUGCAGAUUAUCACAUGCCAUUCGACGUACAGAGUGUGCCCGUGACGCCAAGGCAGGUAUUUGAUACGGAGAGUUGGCCAUUAUGUUAUCAGUAUACGGAUGAGUGA